AUGUCCACCAGAGAAAGACAGAUACAGCACCUGAACCACCAGCUGGGCGAGCUCCAGCGCAACCUGCUGUACAUGAGCAAGCUGUGCGACAAGACAGCGACGCAGUUCCGCUCGAUCAAGAGCUUUGGCGAGCUGCAGGCGUCUGUGUUUAUGAGUUCCCACGCGGUGUUCCAGGUCUACAGCGAGAAAAAAGAAGCCAGACGACAGGAGCUGCUCAAGGAAAUGCAGGAGGACAGGAACGACGACGCGAUGGACGACGAAAGCGAGAAAUAA